CCCAACCAAAACAAGUUGAUCAAUCAUGACAAUUGAGAUCGAACGGCCCUCCGUGGGUUUAUCAAAGGUUGCAGUAUCAGAAACUCACUGCGAGAAAUCACCUUAUUUUGCUGGCUGGAGAGCAUACGAUGAAAACCCUUAUGAUGAGCUGUGCAAUCCCUCUGGAGUCAUACAGAUGGGACUUGCAGAAAAUCAGGUAUCCUUGGAUUUGGUCGAAAAGUACCUUCAAAAGCCGGCAGAUAACGGGAGUACAACUGUCGGAUUCAGAGAGAACGCGUUGUUCCAAGAUUAUCAUGGCUUGCAAGCUUUCAGAAAGGCCAUGGCUAGCUUCAUGGAACAAAUAAGAGGGGGAAGAGCAAAGUUUGACCCUGAUAGAGUUGUUAUCACAGCCGGCGCAACGGCAGCGAAUGAACUACUUACCUUCAUUUUGGCUGAUCCUGGAGAUGCAAUGCUUAUACCAACUCCUUACUAUCCAGGGUUCGACAGAGACUUGAGGUGGAGAACAGGAGCGAACAUCGUGCCGGUCCACUGUGACAGUUCAAACGAUUUCGAUAUCACGCCCGAGGCCCUGGAAGCGGCGUACCGUGAAGCUGAAUCCAAGAACAUCAAAGUUAGAGGAAUGCUCAUAACAAAUCCAUCAAACCCUUUAGGAAUCACCAUCAAACGAUCAACUCUCGAAGACAUUCUUGAUUUCGUUACGCGUAAAAACAUCCAUCUCGUCUCUGACGAAAUCUUUUCAGGCUCAGCCUUCUCCUCUGAGGACUUUGUCAGCGUUGCUGAGAUCGUUGAGGCCCGGAACUACGAAGAUUCUGAAAGAGUUCACAUUGUUUAUAGCCUGUCAAAGGACUUGGGCCUGCCGGGCUUUAGGGUUGGGACUAUUUACUCAUACAAUGACAAAGUCGUCACCACUGCAAGAAGAAUGUCCAGCUUCACUUUGAUAUCUUCCCAAACACAGCACCUCUUGGCUCUGAUGCUCUCCGACAAAAGCUUCACUGAAAACUACAUUAAAACCAACAGACAAAGGCUGAAGAAGCGGUACCAAAAGAUCAUCGACGGCCUGAAAGGCGUUGGUAUCGAAUGCUUGAGAGGAAAUGCGGGGCUGUUUUGCUGGAUGAAUUUGAGCAGUUUACUGGAGAAGCCCACGAAGGAACAAGAACUGGCGUUGUGGAAAUUGAUAUUGCAUGAGGUGAAGAUCAACAUAUCGCCAGGAUCUUCUUGCCAUUGCUCAGAGCCAGGUUGGUUUAGGGUUUGCUUUGCGAAUAUGAGUGAGCAAACACUGGAAGUUGCACUCAGGAGAAUUCAUGAGUUCAUGGAUAGGAGAAACAACGUGAAGAGCUUUGAUGUUUACUCUUCAGAUCAGCUUUUUUCUUCUUAA